AAAAAAAAUUGUGAUACGGCUUCUCCAAGGCUUCUCCCAGCUAUUUCAGUUUUUUUUUUUAAUAUAUAAACAUUUUAAUAUAUUUCAUAACUCAACGGUUAUUGCUAAUGUAAAAACAUUAAAAAUAACAGAAACAAAAUGUCUACCAAAGUCGGUUUUGACGAGUUACGGGUCAAAUACAAGGAUGUGUUGUCUAAAGCUUUCUCAACGAACAAUAUUGACCUGCUCGAUUCUUUUUCAAAGAAAGCAAAUGAAACUGAUAGAAAAGCAGCAAUGGAUCAAGCAUUUCGGGACAAACUGUUAGAAUUGUUAGUCGAGGACUCAACAACCCUUGAAAAUUACGUCAAUUUCUGUAUAGAAUCAUGUCGGCGACAGAUGAUUACGCCAACUAUGCCUGUAGUCCUUCUAGGAGAUAUAUUUGAUGCUCUUACAUUGAAUAAAUGCGAACAAAUGUUUACCUACGUCGAAAACGGCGUAAAUAUCUGGCGAGAAGAGCUGUUCUUUGGCGCGUGUAAAAACAAUUUGUUGAGAAUGUGCAAUGAUUUGCUAAGAAGAUUGUCUCGUUCCCAAAACACUGUGUUUUGUGGGAGAAUAUUAUUGUUUUUGGCUAAAUUCUUCCCAUUCUCGGAACGUUCUGGGCUGAAUAUUGUAUCUGAGUUUAAUCUGGAGAAUAUAACAGAGUUUGGUGGUGAUAAUGCAAGCACUUUAAAGGAUGUUUUGGAUGAAGAGAUGGUGAUUGAAGAUGAUAAGAAUAAACUGACUAUAGACUAUAAUUUGUACUGUAGAUUCUGGAGCUUGCAAGAGUUCUUCAGAAACCCAAACACUUGUUAUAACAAAAUACAAUGGAAAACCUUUGUUGCACAUUCCGGCAGUGUUUUAUCAGCAUUCUCAUCGUACAAACUAGAAGCAAUAGAGCUGCAAAAGUCAAAGUUGAACAGAUUAAAAACAAUCAAUACAGAUGUUGAAAUGAAAGAGAGCAAGGAACAACAUUAUUUCGCCAAGUUCCUGACGAAUCAAAAACUAUUGGAAUUACAAUUGUCGGAUUCCAAUUUUAGAAGAUGUGUUCUGAUACAGUUCCUGAUUUUAUUCCAGUAUUUGACGUCUAGUGUUAAGUUUAAAUUAGAAUCUCAAGAACUGAAAACUGAUCAAUCAGAAUGGGUGCAAGAAACGACAAAUAUAAUUUAUAAAUUGCUCAGUGAAACUCCUCCUGAUGGUAAAUGUUUUGUGGAGUGUGUUAAAAGUAUACUGAAAAGGGAGGAACAUUGGAAUAGUUGGAAAAAUGAUGGGUGUCCAGAAUUCCAAAAACCAAAACCACCUGUCCAAUCGGAAUCCACAGAAGAAGUAAGAAGAGUUAAAAAACGCAGGAGACCAGUUGGUGAUAUUAUUAAAGAAUAUGAGAGUCAAAAGAAACAUUUUAUGGGAAAUACUGAGUUAACAAAAUUAUGGAAUCUAUGCCCUGAUAACCUGGCAGCUUGUAGAACUAAAGAGAGAGACUUCAUGCCAUCCCUGGAAUCGUACAUGCUAUCUGGUGGGGAGAGCGGUGAGGCGGGUCGUGCGGGGUGGGGCUGGCGCGCGUUACGGCUAUUGGCCCGUCGUUCGCCACACUUCUUUGUGCACACGAAUAACCCUAUUGGAAGACUGCCUGAUUAUCUUGAUGAUAUGGUAAAACGUAUCUCACGUGAAGUUGCCGCGAAUGCAGCUGCGAGCAACUCGAAUGGUGAUGCUAAUGUGAACAAUGAUAAAAAUAUUAAACAGGAGGCGAAUGAUGAAGACAUAACUGAAGAGCAAAUAGAGGCUGACCUCAUUAAAGAAGGAGAUGCAAAUGAUAUUGAGCAGGUACCAGAUUCAACUCACGUCAACGACGACGACGACAAAACGGAACGCGCCCGUCUUACCAUGAUAACCGAAACGCAGUUAGACGCAGUGUCCAAAAAGCUAACAGAUUGGAAGAAAUUAGCCGUAAAACUGGACUACAAACCCGACGAGAUAGAGUACUUCGAAACAGAGAACGCGACAGAUGAAGCCCGAGCCAAAAAUAUGCUCAAAUUGUGGUUCGAUGAUGAUGAAGACGCCUCUGUAGAGAACUUACUCUAUAUCAUGGAAGGCCUAGAACUAGUUGAGGCGUGUGAAGCGCUCAAAAACACAAAAUGACGUUGGAAGAUGCGGGGCAAGUACCAGUCGAAGUGAUUUGGGCCCUAUUUGUAUAGUAAUAGAGCUGUAUAUUGAACUUUAGAAAUAAAGGAAAUUGUGAAUGGAUUUUGUGGUGAAACGGACUUAAUAAAUUGUUCUGAUGUCGUGUUGUUUAUGGAAACAGACUGUAAUCAUGAAUUUGAAGUUUAACCUGUGUAAAUUGGGAUUGUGAUUGUAAAAAAGUUUACUUAAAAAGUUCGAUUGUAAGAGUUUAAAUUGUUUCUGCUGUGGUUAUAUGAGCUGGUGUAUUGACAUAACUGAUAAUAUAAGUGUUUAGGGAAAAUUUCCUAAAGUUGUAAGCAAAAUCGUCGAACAUAACAUUAUCCAUCGUAAUUUAGUAGUUUGUUUAAAAACGUAUAAGCAAUCUUAAUAAAAGGAUUUAUUCAUGUAAAACUACUAAACGGCAAAUAAAUUAAAAAUCUAUUCAAUAACUGGUUUUGCCUAUGGGCAAGUAUAGUCAACCUUUUCCAAUAAAAUUUUAUAUUAUGAAAAUUGAAUAUGUAUCUAUAUCUAAUUGUAGAGUCGUUAUUCUCACUGCCAUGUAACAUAGCAUUAUACCGAUAUAUAUUACAGUAAUUACUUACAUUUACGAUUUAUCGACUUUUUGUAUCGAAAGCGAAGUGAAGGCGGAACAAUAUAAAAACAUUCACUUACAACCGAAUUAUAAAAAAUGUAAAGUUACAAUAUUGUUUCACAUUCGUAUAUUUAAGAUGAGCUUUAUUUUGAUUGGUACGAUUAAUAUAGGUCGUAUUAAUAAGGUAUUGAAUAAAUAAUUCAACAAGU